GUCGUGUAUGUACGUACGCCGCCUGGCCAAGUUGGCGGAAUGUUUGUCAAACUACACGGAAAAACACUCGAAAGUAUCGCGUAGCUCACAUAAACUAAAGAGAAAAUUCACUUCCAAGUGGGGUGAGGUCAGUCAGCCUCUGGUAGGAGGUAGUUUAAUUCUCUAUCGUAAAAAAGUACUGGUCAUCUGUUAAACAGCGACAACGGCUGAUUUUCGUAGCCCACCGAGCAGCGUGUCGACAUGACGACAGUACCGGGCCAGUCAGCGCGCUGGUCCGGUGUCAGCGCCGCUGUAUUUUACGGUGUACUUUCCGGCUCCAUGUCGUUCGUCAACAAGGUCGUCUUGAGCACUUUGGGCUUCCAUUUCCCGUGUUUCAUCAUGUUGUGUCAGAUGAUUCUCACAGCAUCUGUCUUCAAAUGCCUUGGCAUCUUAGGUCACCUCUGCCUCCCUCCAGCUACCUUCACCAACCUCAAGCUGUGCUGGCUGCCUUCCAUCCUGGGUCUGUUCCACUCCGUUCUGUCUCUCCAUGCCUUGGGCGGGAUGAACGUGGCCAUGUACACCAUUCUCAAACGUUGCGUGCCACUGAUGAAUCUGUUGUUGACGCCAUGUCUGCUGCAGAAGGGAGCACCUAGUCUGCCUGUGGUUGGGUCCGUCAUGGUCAUGACUGCAGGAUGUGUGUUUACAGGUCUUGGCGAUUUGACCUUUGACCUUACAGCCUACACAUUCGGCAUGCUGAGUGUCUUCUCUCAAUCCUUGUACCUAACGCUGGUUCAGAGCCUCAGCUCGCAGCACGAAACGCUAUCAGCGGCCGACAUCGCGUACCUCAACAGCCUCAACUGCAUACCACUCUUGCUUCUCUACACAACAGCUACGUCCGAGUUCACCCAAAUCUUGGAUUUCCCAGAUUUACAUUCCAUCAAGUUCCUUGUGGCAUUUCUUGUGGUGAUUUCCAUGGGAUGCGCUUUGAACUAUUCAGUCUUUCUCUGCACCACCCUGACCUCUGCCCUCACGCUGAGCGUUGUGGGGGUCAUGAAGAGUGUAGUGGUUGUGAUUGUUGGGCUGUUCACCUUCGGUGGCGUGCAGCUCAGUGUGCUAGGCGGAAUGGGCGUCACCUUGAACACGCUAGGGAGUGGCUGGUACACGUAUGCAAAGUACCAGGAAAAGAUCGGUAGUGUCAAGAUGGAAGUGGAAUCCGCAACUCAGGAGUUGGUUUCCGAGUUCACAAUGGGCAAUGGUCAUUUGACAAACAACCAGGCUUUGACAGGCAUAAAACUCACAUAAUAAAUGCCUGCCAUGUUAUAAAUGUAGAGGGCGCCCUAUGACCUUCUCAUGAGACAUGAGGAAAGGCAUAUACACAAGGACUUUGGAAUUCACCUUCACAGUUCUUAUGCAAUUUCUUUACGGGUUUUUCUGUGUUUUAUACAUGUAUUUUUAAGCUUCUAACAUGAGGUACAGAUGAAUAUAUUUUAAUGUGUUCCAGAGUUUUUUUUUUAAUUUGGAAAUCUUGUAAUUUCUUUAAUUUUGAUUCGAAUUAUUCUGUGUGCUUUGCCACUGCAAUAUCUGUGAUUUUAUUCAACUAUGCAAUUUAUUUAAAUUUUUAAUUGAGUUAGUAAUUAAGACUUAUUAUUCCACAUUUGUCAGCACUUUUUUGUCAGUAUUCAGAUAUAUUCAGGAUUUUAUGUGAAUAACUAUUACUUUUCAAUGUGCCAUUGAUCAUUUGAAACGGCCCACCGUGCUGCUUGGAUUUGAAGUUUCCACGAAGUUUUCAGAUAGAUAGGGUUUUAUAAUGAAUCAGGUUGUAAUAUUGAACUUUAUCAUUCAUAUUCUUUGUCUUAAAAGAUGUUCCAAAAUGACUCACGAAGGAGCCGAUUUUCUCCUUGCAGAAAAUUUCUCACAAUAACUUGUGCUUAGCGCAACUGUAAUGAAAUAAACCAAAAGUUUGCAUAAAAAGAAUCAUCUACAUGUAAUUUUUGUUACUUGUCUCAUAUUAAAGUUCCUUCAAAGUUGAAUCACCCAUUUUGUUAUUGAUUUUUAC